UCAUUUUGUCACACAAAAAAUCUACUGCUCAGAAAAAAAUCAUCUGUUUUUUGCUUUUUGAACCACGGGGUCAGUAGCAUGGUGGGCUUGCUGGAUGUGAUCUCUCACCCGCUAUGGAUGGUGGCCACGCUACUACUUUUGAUGGUGGUGCGCUCGCAGCGGAGAGGGUCCUGGGACCCUCGCGCCUGCCCCACGCACCUCAAAGGGAAGACCGCAAUAGUGACAGGGGCCAAUUCAGGGAUUGGAAAGUUCAUCGCCAUGGACUUUGCUCGCCGGGGUGCCCGUGUCAUUUUAGCUUGUCGUUGUGUGUCCCGGGGAUCAGCAGCUGCUAAAGAAAUCCGAGAAAUAACAGGAAACCAUGACGUCCAUGUGCGUCAGGUGGACCUUUCCUCUCUGGAUUCCGUCAGAGAGUUUGCUGAAACGAUUAUGAGGGAGGAAAGAGGUCUUCAUAUCCUCAUCAACAAUGCUGGAGUGUCUGGUUUACCCCGGCAGAUUACCAAAGAUGGGUUUGAUGUUUCUUUUGCAACAAAUCAUUUGGGGCCAUUCCUUCUCACGAACCAGCUGCUUGACCUGAUGAAAGCUUCAGCUCCGGCUCGUAUCGUCACCAUUAGCUCUGUCAACCAUAAAAAGGGUGAAGUGGACUUCUCACAUUUCCGUGGGGAAAAUGUUACUUAUAAUCUUGAUCGGGUUUAUAACAACACCAAACUGCACAAUAUUAUCUGCACUAAUGAGUUUGCACGGAGACUUCAGGGAACAGGUGUCACUGCCAACUCAGUCCACCCUGGUGUUGUCAUGACGGGAAUGAUGAGGCACUAUCCCUUUAGGAUCCGUUGUAUCUUCAGCCUCAUUGGACUGUUCUUUUUCAAGUCUGCAGAGGAAGGAGCAGUCAGUGCCAUCUACUGCGCCGUGUCAGAAGAAGCGGAAGGCAUAAGUGGAAAAUAUUUUGACAGCGACUGCUCACUGGUCCUCCCCGCCCCCUUAGCCCGAGACAAAGCUCUCGCCGUCAAGGACUUUGAGAUAUGUGAAAGACUGACGUCGAAGCUGUGAAACAAUCUUCCUGGUGAUAAAAAAAAGGAGGUCAAAUUUCAAAUAGGUGUCGUUAAAAUAUUCAAUUUGACAUUUGCCAUCAUGUUCACUCAGCUGUAUUUAGUUAAACAUUGCAAGAUAGGCGAUGGAAACCAUGGACUGCCAUGCUUAUAACAACAUUGUUACUUAAUUUUAUGUAUUUUGGAAAGUGUCUUAUUUAUAUGGCUGAUAAAUAUUAACAGGGAUCAUUUGAGUUUCAAGGUUUCUUGAGGUACUUCUUGGGUACUGAUUAUUGUGAAAGGCUACCAGUGAAAUGCACACAAGUUUGUUUGAAUCACAUUUAAUUAGUACAUACAGUAUGUUAUCAAUAUUUGAUCAAGAAUAAUUUAGUAAAGUAUGAAAAAUAUCAACAUGCAACACUUGUUUGUUGCAUAUUUUAGCUUUUAAAUGAUCACUUGUACAACAUUUGUCAGAAAUCACAAUAUCACAUAACAGGUGAACUGUGUUUUUAACAGCCUUAUGAACUACUCAUGUAGUCUGUAGGGGACUCAAUGCUGUUGAAUCCUGGUUUGUAGUGUGAUCAAAAUUUAGCACUUCUAUUUUUUAAAUCCUGAAUUAGCCAAAGGAAUGUCUUUGAGUGCAAUGAGUGAAUAAGGACAAUGCAUUUGGUUUGGAAAAUACAACAAAUGCUCAAUUAAGUUAGACAAAACCUUUCUUUAUUGGCUGAUUAAUUGAAACAGAAGAAAAUAUAACAACAUUCUGUCCUUUUCAAAGAAUUCACAGAGCAAUUUUUAUCCUCUUCGGUGCUCCAGCACACUACUUGGCUGUUAAGACAAAGAACAUGAGAGAACCCAAUAAGUGUAUUAGCAUUUUUCCCAGUUGCGGUAUGUUGGUCAUCUUUGGAUCACUCAAUUAGUGGACAUUUGUCAACAAAGGUCAGUAAAUUUUUUAGUUCCUGGAGUAAUUAAGUACCUUGUUGUUGCUCAACAAUUUCAUGGAUGAGCUCCUCUAGCACAGGAGCGACUUGGUCAAGCUGUUUGAGUGAAAGAUGUGCUGUGGUAUCCACUGUUUUAUCCUAGACACACGCAAAGAAAAUGAACAUCCUGUAUCACGUGUGUGCAUGUGUCCAUUUCUGUACACGUACUGGCUUUCCCCCAUGCUCAGUUUGAGGAAGCUGUUGGACAGCAACUUCUUCGCACUGACCGUCCUCUGAACGAGGCGCCAUGUCCUUUCUACCCUCUCGUUGCUGGAGAGGAGACAUCCACGGAAAACGCAAAGCACAUGCACACAGUCACAAGACAUUUUGCACACUGUAUUGCAUAUUUCAUCUCCAACUCACACUGUUUACCUUUAGCAUCCUCAUGUCCGACAUCUCCUUUGGGCUAAAGAAGGUGAUGUGUCCUUGUGUCCUCUCAACCAGCAGGGCCACAAGGCAUGUCAACACCAUACAGCCAACCACAGCUCCACGCAUGCUCAUUUUAUUUAGCGCUGGACAAAUGCAAAUAUGCACAUUUAUUGAUAAUGACAAUUGAACAAGAUCCAUUACAAGACUGGCACCAAAAUUCUGAC